UUUAAGCAUAAUUUGGACUAAAAAAGAGUAAAAAAAACCACCAAAGACCUCAGGAUUCUGCUGCUCUUCCUCGGUGUGAUGCGCAGCACAGCCUCAUCCACUCAUCACAGGUUUCCCGGUGUUUGCAGACUUUAAGACGAGUAAAAUGCAGUCUGUUGGGGUGGCGCCUGCCAUUGGACCAAAGUUAAAUCGAUUUGCCACCUGGUUUGACCCUGAAAGUGCUGCGGUGGUGUCCAUCCUGUUGGGAUUGUUCCAGGUGCUGCUGUCGGCCCCACUUGCUUAUGCCGGCCAAACUCUGCCAAAAUUCUACAUACUGCCAUUUGUCCUGGGAGUAAUAAUUGUCGCAGGAGGGUCACUCACCAUGGCCAAUGAGAGGUACCCCAGCAGAUACCUGCUUCAGGGUUGUGCCUGCAGCAAUGCGCUUGGCCUGCUGGGGGCGCUGCUUGCAUUUGUCCUCUACUGCUACAGCCUGAACAAAGUGCACACGGAAGACUGCAUUCCUGUUCCCAAUGACAGACCAUCACGUUUUAAGUGUCCUGAAGAAGUGCUCGCAGCCUACACCUCCAGUGUGACUCUGCUGUUGGUGCUCUAUGACACAUGUGCUGUGGUUCUGCAAUGCCUCCUGACGGUUUCUGCCUUCAAAGCACUCAAAACAGACUAACACACACACACACACACACAGAUUUCAUUCAAAGACACUGCCUUGACCUCCAUUCAUUUGGACGCCAUGUGGACACCUUGUCCACACGUGGCCGGGUAUAAUUUAAAAGUUUUGUCCCUGAAAGUGAAGAUUUGUGGAUGCGAAAAACAGUGUUUAACAAUGAAUUCCGUCAAACGUCCUUCCCACAGAUGCACAAUUGCAUAAUGCAGAUGCCAAAUUUGGACCAGAGUUAGACAAAGCUUUCGGAUUGGGGGGGCUAAUUCUCUCUACAUACUUCCAGAAACUCUUCUCAAGAUAUUUUUGCAAACAAACCCGUUUGGAUGAAGUGUUGUUUUUUUAAAUAAAAAUGACAACAGAAAAUAUCAGUUUUUAGAAAAGCCUGGCUACGUGUGGACUAGACAAAAGACGUAGCCUGGCCAACGCCAGAAUCAUACAAGUCUAGAAAGGGUAUGGACCAACAAGCAUAUAUCAAAAUGCCUGUUUACACAAUUGGUUAAACCUACAACCAGUCAGACCAAUGAUCUGGAUAAUGUAUCAGCAAUCGUGCUUGUAGUUUUCUAGGAGCCAUGGCUUGCUAGUAAUGAAGUCUAACUUUGGUGGCCGCCACAUUGGAUGUAUACAAAAGCUUUUAGACAUUGCUUCUCUCUUGUCAUUGACUUAGGCUUGCCUGAUUCUGAGUUGGCCAAAACAACAUCCUUGCCAAAGAUGUCGAAAUCACAUUUCUGGCUGACUCAGUGAAUUCACCCAGGCCACAAAAGCCUUUAAUCAUAACCAGUUAGUGCCUAACCCUAACCUUAACCUCACCACAAUUCAAAUCUUAACAUUGGACUUAACCAGUUCCUCAGAAGUCAGGUUCUACCUCAUUAGGGCCGGGUUUUGGUCUCCAUGAGGACUCCUGGUCUUGACAAGGUCAGUGUUUAUGCCAAAAAACUAAUUUCACACACAUUUCUCACUUCCACACACAUUUCUCACUUCCACUUUUUUGAAAAAUUGUCAGUCUUGCAGAUUCCUGUAGAGAUGGAAAAAAAAUGUUUUACUUCAAGAACCAGUCAGCAGUUGCCCUAUUUUUUGACUGUUGGGGACAGGAGUAGCUAUAGAGCUAAGUGUAAUCAAACAAGUCAAAUGAGGGUUAGGGUUGGACAAUGUUUUUUUCACUCUCUUCUCUCUACUUACUGGAGCUAACGGUAAGCUAACUUGAGCUCAAUGAUAAACAAUCCUUCAGUCACUACUCUGGCCUUGUUAUCUGCGACGCUAUUUUGCAUAACUAACACGUGUCGUACCAACGUCUGUCUGUUUGUGAACAUGUAAGUAAAUGUUUGUAAUUGUGAAAUAAAUCCAUAUAAAAGAGCAUAUAACUAAAUGUUAUUAACAAUGUUUAAUUCUAUAAAUAAAAGCCUUUUUAUCAUU